CAGGCAGAAACCACAUUAGAACUGAUACCGUUCUCCGAUAUAUAUAUCUCCGGCGGGAUCAGGUCUCUUUCUCUCUCUCUCUCUCUCUCUCUCUCUCUCUCUCUCUCAAUUCCUCCAUUUUUACAAACUCAUAUCGAAGAGCUUCGUAAACUUCUAGAAGAUCUCAACCAGAUUGAACUUAUCAUUGCCGACUUCUGUCUCCUAAAUUCAUAACAGGAGUUCAAUUUCGGCAAUUUAGCUUCAAUUGUUAUCGUAUCGGGACUCCUCUCGCUUGUGUCGCAACAGUUAUUGGCAGAUUCUGUGGUUUUAGACAAAACCUAGUUUUUUGGACUAGGCUCAAUGGGGAUCACGUUCAAGAUCUCGAGGAUAGGCUCUAUAUUUCGUCACUCAGCGCAGAUAGAGAACGCCGAUGAAGAAAACGUCGCUGGAAGUGAAAAGGACAGUAGUCGGGUUGUUGGUAACAAUGAUUCUACUUCUACAUCUGCAGGGAAACCUGAGGUUAAUGCCAUUUGCAAAACUGGGAAUGUUACUGAAAUGCCUGAAGGCGAAGUUUCCUUUGUGCUGAACCUGUUUCCAGAUAGCUAUUCUGUUACAAAACCUUCAGUGAAUGAGUCAGGAAAUCAAGACAGCCAAAAGUUGUUACGUCCAUAUGACAAGACAGUUGAAAUUCUCACUAUGGCGAUUGAACGUGGCCAACUUCCUCCAGAUAUUCUUGGUGAUUUUCCUUUGAAGUAUGUAAACGGGGCAAUUGUUUGUGAGGUGCGAGAUUACAGAAAGUGCACUCCUGAAGUUGGGACUACAAUGCCUCCUUCUAAUCAUCCUAUUAUUCACAAAGUGUGUCUUAGGAUGUCUUUAGCAAAUGUUGUGAAGGAUAUGCCUAUGAUAUCCGACGAUAAUUGGACUUAUGGUGAUAUGAUGGAAGCGGAGUCCAGAAUUAUGAAAGCUUUGCAACCAAAACUUUGUCUCGAUCCAACACCUCAGUUAGGCCGGCUUUGUUCUAACCCAGUCACUACCAAGCUUGAUCUGGACGUAGGCAGCCUUCGUAGGAAGAGACUGAAGAUGAUUCAAGAUGCCAUUAAUGCGAAAAAAGGCUAUAUAGAUAGAGUGCCGGAAAGUUCAACCUCAAUCUCCAGGUUGGGAGAAUCUGGACUCACAAGUAUGAUCCCACAACAUGCACAUGCAAAUAUUUCAACUCAGAAUGUUAAUCCAACUACCAAUAUGAUGACAUCGGGAAUCAAGAAUGGUGCAACCGAUCCUUCUACCCCGUUUAUACCUUUAACAAUUCAACAAUCACAGCCACAUCAUAUGAGCAUGGCAAACCAAAGGCUGAUGAUGCAGGAAAAUAAUGUGAGUCAGGAAGCGAUGUACUCAUACGCUAGUAAUAUUGCUAAUGCUAAUGGAAAAAGAGAAUAUCAGGAUGCGUCAAACGCUUCUUUAAACAACUUACCUAAGCGGAUGAGGGUUACAGUUGCAAAUGCUGAGAAUCAAAUUGGACAACACAUGGACAACUUCCAAGGUUCAGAUAUUAAUUGGAAGAAUGCAACAAGAGGGAUGCAAAAAUAUCCCCAACAGAUAUAUGCAGAUCAACAGCCGGGGGGAAUGAGGUUGGUUGCUAAGGAAGAACCGGUUGAAAUGGAGAGAUUACAAGAAGCAACCCAGAGUAGAAAUGAAAUAAUGCAGCAGAGGUUACCGCCCCAGCAAGCGUAUAUGAGAUCUAAUUUCCCACAAACUGCGUGGAAUAAUAAUCUUGGACAGACUCACGAGAUGAGCACUAGGAAAGAUGAGCAGUCUCAGAAAAGAAAACCAGCUCAAAGUCCAAGAGUUGGUGGUUUUCCGCAAUCUCCAUUGUCGUCUAAAUCUGGAGAAUUCUCAAGUGGUGGUUCUAUGGGACACCAAUUUGGACCAGCUGUAACCUCUUCUCUUGGUGUAUCCCAGAAGGAUAAUAAAUCUGCAGUCAAUUCGAAACCUGCCACAUCUAGUGAUUCGUUGCAGAGGCAUCCACAUAUUGUUGCCAAACGAAGACCAAACUCCCAACAUAAGAACUCCGCAAUUAGUGGAGUUGGAUCUCCAGCAAGUGUGGGUAAUAUGAGUAUUGUUCCCCUCAGUGCUAGCAGUCCUCCAGUCGGAACACCUCAAUUGAUUGAUCCACAACUGAUGAAUAGGCUCUCAAAGAUUGAGAUGUUGUCUGCAAGGUAUAAGUUAAUUCGUAAACCCAACAACAAAGUGGUGGAAAACUACCAUGUGAGGAAUCCUGGCAAAUUUCCUUCAGAGACUGUGUCAGCUUUUCUCUCUAAUGAUGUGAAUUGCGAGAUUACUAGAGAUUUAACGUGCCCAAUGCCUCUAUCAAAGUCUCUUAUUGGAGGUAACAUGAAUGUCAACAAGAUAAGGGUCCUGAAUUUUGUACAGACAGAUCAUAGUACACUUCAAGGAGAUGGGUUUUCUUCUGGUGUCCCAAGACCACGGAUUAGAAUGAUAAUGUCGGAGAAAUCAAAUGAUGGCAUGAUAGCUAUGCAUUUUGGUGAUAUAGAUGAUAGUGAAUAUUUAGCCGCAGAAGAAUAUCUUCCUACAUUGCCAAAUGCUCAUUUUGCGGACUUGCUUGCAACACAAUUAUGCAAACUGAUGAUACAAGAUGGGUAUCAUGUGGAAGAUCACUUGCAAGUAAAACCACUAAACCGGACUAACCAUCCUGCAUCGAACAUCAAUCAAGUUAACACCACCCUGGGGACUCCUAGUGGGUUUGUUGAGAUUCAGCCACAUCAUCACCAUCAUCAUCCUGAUUCUGUUUCGAGUCAACAACUCACGAGUGAAGCUCCUCCAAAGCCAUCUAACAGUGGACAUUCCUCUCUUCUUCUACCCAAUACUACUACAACAACAAGAAUGUUGCCUCCUCCCGGUAAUGUUGCCUCCUUGCAGCAGAUGUCUCAAGGGCUCCUUCAAAGUGGUCAACUGCCGCCAUUAAGGCCUCAGCAGCAGCAACAACAGCAACAAUCAGACAAUACUCCUCAACCGUCCCUUCCACAACAACAACCGUCAAUGACUCAGCAUCCUUCGAUUCCACAGAGAUCAUCACUGUCUCAAAUGAACCCAAAUUCACAGUUGGGUAAUAAUCAUAAUAUGUCUUAUAAACCUUCAUCUAUCCAACUUCAGAUUAUGCAACAACAGCAACAAACACAAAGGAACUUGAUAAUGGGGUUGGGACCCGCGGCUGUGAACAUGGGAAAUAUCAUGGGGCAAAGGAUGGUGGGACCUACUACUGCCAUGUCGUCUCAAAUGGGACAACAGAUUUCGGGUAUGGGUCAGCAGAAUUCAAUGAGUGGUAUUGGACAGACGACCACCAAUCUUAACAAUGCGCUUAGAUCAGGGCAGAUUACACCAACACAGGCGCAAAUAAUGGCCAAGCUAAGGAUGGCUCAAAACCGAGCUAGCAUGUUAGGUGCCGGAGGCCCUCAGGCGGCAGCGGCAGCAGCAGCAGCCAUAGGUGGUGGGAUGUCGUCUGUUGGUGCUAGACAGAUGCAUCAUCAUCAUCCUGGGACUACAACUGCUCUUCAAAUGCUAGGUCAAACGACUCCCAAUCGAGGAAAUUUGAUGAACCCUACUACUCAAAACCGAUCUUCGCCUAUGGUAGGACCCAUGGGUCCACCGAAGAUGAUGCCUGGCAUGAACAUGUAUAUGACUCCGCAACAGCAGCAGUUACACCAACAGCAACAGUUGCAAUUCCAGCAACUGCACCAACAACAGUUGCAACAACAACAAUUCCAGCAGAAGCAACAACAACAAGAAUCAUUGACCACUUCUUCUCCUCUACAAGCUAUUGUAACCGCUUCCUCCACACAGCAGGUGGGUGGUUCUCCUUCAACAAUAAUGAGUAGUAUGCAACAGAUGAACCAAGUGACCCAGCAGAUGAACCAGAGAAUUCCAAUGAGUCCACAGAUUAGCUCUGGAGGAGCUAUUAUGCACACAUUAAGCACAGGAAAUGUCGAAAGCCCUCCAUUGAAUAGUAAUAGUAAUAAUAAUAAUAAUUCAUCAGUUGAAUUACAAGGUGCUGCUACUAACAGGAGCAACUCUACAAACAACAACAACAACAACGGAUGAUAAACCGAAGAGGUUGGUGUGUUCUAUACAAUGGACAAUGUUGAUGUUAACAAAGGAGGAUUGAAGUUGAAGCUGGUGAACUUCUCCAAUAAGGGGCAUUAAUGUUGUCUUGUAGAUGCAAACUGAAUACCAUAGAUAGAUAGAUAGAAAGACAAACAAACAAGACCCUCUCAUUCCCGCUGGGGGUAUUAGAUUUUACAUUUGCUGAAUAUUUUGGAGAUAUUGUUUUCUUUUUCUUUUUUUUUUUGGGUUUUUUUAAGGUACUUUUGAUAUAUUAACAAUAUGAUGGAACUAUUUAUACAAAUUUAGACUUGUUUUUUUCAA